AACCUGGUGUAUGAGAAAACAAAUGAGGUCGGAAUGAAAUUGAAAUGCGGGCGAAAUGCAAAUUGGGGCGAAAUGAAAUUCUUAUUAAAUUAAAUUCACGCGUAGGAGUCAUGAAAUCCGUGUAGUAGUCAUCGUCGUGGAUGUAGAGAGAGAAAGCAUAGAGAGAAACAGAGCUUUUUUUUUUUCUUCUCGUUGUUGCUCUUGUUGGAGAGAGAGAGAGAGAGUGAAUCUUGGAGAGAUAAGCGCCUGCUCCUUCGGCAUUUCCGUCAGACAAAGUUAACACUUCCAAGACCGACGCUGCUAUUAUUAAUCAAUUCAAUUGAAUUCGCCUCUUCACCAUUUCAUAUUCCAGAUGAACACUGCCAAGAUUUUGAUUGGAAGUGGAAUUUGAAGGUGAAGCAGAAUGGGUGAAAAUGAAGAAGCUACCAAUGACAUGAUGCAGAGGCUUCACUGUUCUUCUUCGUUUCUGAAACAGCCGUUGAACAUGGAGCAACUCAGCAUCCCGCAGUUCAAUCCCUCUCAAAUGCGCGCCAGGCAUCAGCAUCAGUUCGACGGUGGGAACAGUAACAAGCGCGCGGGUAUACCACCUUCCCACCCGCACCAGAUCCCGCCCAUUUCGCCCUACUCUCAGAUCCCGGUGACGCGUCAGCAGCAAAUGGGGUCGCACAACAUUUCCCCUACACCCUCCCACACGCGAUCACUCUCGCAACCUUCCUUUUUCUCCCUCGAUUCCCUCCCUCCCCUCAGCCCUUCCCCCUUCCGAGACUCCUCCUCUACGUCUGUCUCAGAAGCUGCUGACGUCUCCAUGGAAGACCGUGACGUCACUUCUCAUUCUCUCUUGCCACCCUCACCUUUCGCCAGAACACUCAACACCUCAACCAACAGCAAUUUACCUUUACCCCCUCGCAAAGCUCAUAGGCGCUCUAACAGUGAUAUUCCGUUUGGGUUUUCCACCGUUUUGCAAUCUUCGCCACCGCUUAUUCCUCUCCGGGGCAGAGAAAACCCCGUUUUGGCGAAACCUGCUCAAUUGGUCAAAAGAGAAACACCGUGGGACAGGGGUGUUGACCACAGUAAUGUAGAGGGAUCUGGGGAGAAGAAAUCCCCGGAAGGGGAAGUUGUGGAUGAUCUUUUCUCUGCUUACAUGAAUUUAGAUAGCUUUGAUGCGUUGAACUCUUCUGGAACCGAUGACAAGAACGGGACUGAAAAUCGUGAUGAUUUGGAUAGUAGAGCGAGUGGGACCAAGACUAAUGGUGGUGACAGCAGUGAUAAUGAAGCUGAGAGUAGUGUUAAUGAGAGUGGGGAUGGUGCGGUGAGGCAGGGAGGGAGUGAGAAGAGGGAAGGGAUGAAGAGGAGUGCGGGUGGGGAGAUUGCACCCACCACCAGGCACUAUAGGAGUGUGUCCAUGGAUAGUUUCAUUUCGAAGUUGAACUUUGGUGAUGAGUCGCCGAAGCUGCCACCGUCGCCGGGGCCGAAAACUGGUUUGAUUUCGCCUGCUGGUGGAGUUGAUGGCAAUUCAUCGGCCUUCAGCUUGGAGUUUGGAAAUGGGGAGUUUAGUGGACCUGAAUUGAAGAAAAUUAUGGCCAAUGAAAAACUUGCUGAGAUUGCCCUGACCGAUCCAAAGCGUGCAAAAAGGAUUUUGGCCAACCGACAAUCGGCUGCACGAUCCAAAGAGCGGAAGAUGCGGUACAUAUCAGAGCUAGAACAUAAGGUUCAGACACUUCAGACGGAAGCCACCACACUAUCUGCACAACUUACUCUUUUACAGAGAGAUUCUGCCGGACUCACUAACCAGAAUAGCGAGUUGAAGUUUCGCCUUCAAUCCAUGGAACAACAAGCAAAGCUCCGAGAUGCUCUAAAUGAGGCGCUUACUGCUGAGGUUCAAAGACUAAAGCUUGCUACAGCUGAACUGAGUGGGGAUUCACAUGGUUCCAGCUGUUUGAUUCCUCAGCAUUCUGUCAACCCUCUGAUGUUUCAGCAACAGCAGCAGGCUCCCACUGCAUCCCAACAAAACAUUCAUCUUCAACAUCAACAGCAACAGCAGCAGCACCAGAAUGGUAAUGGCAACUCCAAUUCCGACAUAAAACAAUAGCUUGGGAAGGAGGUCCUGCAGCUGUAUGGUUGGUUCGUUAUAUAUUCGCUGCUAUUUAAUUGCACUCAUUUUCGCAUAUUUACAGAAAGUUUUCCUUAAUUGCUAUGGUAUUAAGUUUGAUUCGCUUUACCUGUCCAACUCGGACAGAAAGUUCAUAUACAAGUUCUAAUUCCUCUCCUA